GAGAUGUUUAAGCUUUGAAAAUUGUCACUUCUGGGCGGGAUACAAACUUUGGUAUACUAAUUCUUCAAGUUUUUAUUUACCGCUAGCCAAAUGUUUCCACUGCUGCUGCUGGCCUACGUCGUGGCUGUUAAAGUUUUUAAAAAGACAACACCAAAUGGAAAAGUUACAGUCUACCUCGGCAAAAGAGACUUUAUUGAUCAUCUUGAGUUUGUAGAUCCAAUUGAUGGUGUAGUUGUUGUUGAAAAUGAUUAUCUUCAAGGACGUAGAGUUUAUGGCCAAGUUAUUACAACAUUCCGAUAUGGUCGGGAGGAAGAUGAAGUCAUGGGAGUCAAAUUUAGCAAGGAAAUGGUUAUUGCCAAAGAUCAAAUAAUACCGAUGAAGAAAGAAAAACAAGAGACAACACCAAUUCAAGACCGUUUGCUUAAAAAAUUAGGUCCGAAUGCUUUCCCAUUUAAUUUUGUUUUCCCACCCAACUCGCCAAGCUCCGUAACACUACAACCCGGUGAUGACGAUCAAGGAAAACCACUUGGAGUUGAGUAUACGGUUAAAGUGUUUGUCGGUGAAAAUGAAGAGGACAAAGGACACAAACGUUCAUCGGUAGCUCUAGCGAUUAAAAAACUUCAGUUUGCUCCAAUUUCACGUGGACGCAGACUUCCAAGCUCUCUGGUAUCCAAGGGCUUUACAUUCUCCAAUGGUAAACUAAAUCUUGAAGUUACACUUGACAGAGAAAUUUACUAUCACGGUGAAAAAAUAGCUGCUAAUGUUAUCGUUACCAACAAUUCACGUAAAGCAGUUAAAAAUAUUAAGCUGUUUGUAGUGCAGCACUGUGAAGUUACAAUGGUAAACUCUCAGUUUUCUCGGAAUGUAGCAAGUCUGGAAACACGCGAAGGUUGUCCGAUAACACCUGGAGCUAAUUUUACAAAACAAUUUUAUCUUGUGCCACUGGCCAGCAGUAAUAAAGAUCGUCGUGGAAUUGCACUUGACGGACAUCUUAAAGACGAUGAUGUAAAUUUGGCGUCUUCAACAAUGGCAGCUGAGGGUAAAUGUCCCGCAGAAUCUCUAGGUAUAAUAAUUUCAUACUCAAUACGCGUUAAAUUAAAUUGCGGUACAUUGGGCGGUGAACUGAUAACCGACGUGCCAUUCAAACUGAUGCACCCGGCGCCAGAAAAUGCCGAAAGGGAGAAGGCAAAUCUCAAAAAAUCAAAAAGUAUCGACCGUGCACGUUAUGAAAAUUCAUGCUACGCAAAUGAUGACGAUGACAACAUCGUCUUCGAAGAUUUUGCACGAUUACGUCUUAACGAGCCAGAAUAAAUUUUAUUGGAUAAUUUAAUAACAACUGUACUUUAAUGCUGGUGCUAUCUAAUUACUCUGAAAGGGAACAAUUACUCUCAAUUAGUAAAGAUAUACAUACAUUUUUUUUGUUAUAUUGGAUUGUAAUUAAUUGAAUUUAUCUAUUUUUAUUAUCGAAAAAUAUUUAUCGUGUGCUACUGCUCGCGUGGUGCUUAAUCGAGAGUUGUUGGAAAUCCUCUCAGAGCAGUUAGAUAAGAUUAUUAGUGAUGAAGCCUUUCAAAAAAAAAAAAAACUUAAGUAUGAAGAGGAAACAAGAUCGAAGAAUACAAAAAAAAAUCUAUAAUAUAAAUAUAAAACAAGGUCGAUUGCAAAGGAUUAAAAUAAAUACAAAUUAUAUUAUAAAACUUUAAUGGAAGAACUUUGAUGAAAAAAAAAAAAAAAAAAAAAAUGAACAAAAAAAGAGAAAAAAUAUUUAUUAAAAAAUAAUACUUAUUUAUUGUCUUAGAGUUUCUACUCGAUAGUGGUGGUCGGGUAGAAACUCAGUUAUUAAGACAAAAAAAAAAAAAGUAAAGUAAGAUUAUUCGUUAAUAAUUAUUAUAUUUUUAAGUUUAAAAAAAAAAUAUUUUUCCCGUUUCUCCAGAAGUGACUACAAUCUUUAUUUAAUUAUUUUAUUUAUUUAAUACUAUUGUUAUUAAUAUUUAUGAAUAUUAAUCGUUUAGUUUAACAAUAAUAUGGUAUUUCCUUAUAUUGUUGAGUUGCGAUUGUCCUGAACAAUAAAAUGUUGAAUAAUAAAUAAUUAAAAAUAUUUUAAUAA